AUGAUGAGGAGUAUAAUGAUGACAAUGAUGGCGAGGAAAAUCGACAAUCUCCACAACAGCAGGAAGAAAUUCCUCAACCGGAUCAAACCCCACCGGAAGAACCACUUCAACCGGAACAAACAGAAGACGCUGAAGCAAUGCCUUCAGAUGCACAUGUCUCUUCUUUUGCAGCGGUCAUGGUACUCCAUUAAGGAGCAUGCGCUGCUGAGUGGAUUGGAUUGUCAUGACUACCCUAGCAACUAUGGGGAGCUGAAGGACAAGGAUGCCGGCGAUUUCAAGUUUGUUGAAAAGUGGUUCAAGAGAAGGAACAAUAUUACCAUAGAAGAUGUGAAGAAGAAGCUACGGAAAAUGAAGAGCGCUGUUAACAAGAAGAAGAUGGCUGCGCUAUAUUUCUUAACCAAUGUCUUGAAAGCGAAGUCCAAAUAUAAAGGAAACAUAGAGCCAUUCUUUCUCAAAGUCGUGGAUGAUUUGGACUUGUGUGAAAAAUUCCCUUGGGGCCGUUUGACCUUUGAUGAUUUGGUAGAUGAAGUUAAGAAAGUAGCGAAGAAGUUCAAGGGAGGCGUCGUCAACGAGAAGGAUUCAUGGACCUUUUCUGGAUACAUUCUUCCUAUUGAGGCUUUUGCGUAUGAGUGCAUUCCUGCGCUUGCUCGAACCUGUUCAUGCAGAGAGCGACUGUCCAAGGUUGUGCAAGCACAAUUUCAAAGCGACUUACAUGAAAGUCGACCUUUGGAGAGACAUCUAAUCGUCCAGAAGAAGAAGAUAUGGUGGGAGUCUCUGUACAAGAUUGACUUGGCCGGCAGAGGUAUCACCGAGUUUGCAAAUGAAGUACCAAUGCAGGCACCUGACAACGGUGGAUCAGUUCAGGGAAUGAUGGAAACGAUGAAAGCUUUGAUCGAGGAAGCAACAAAGAAGUUGGAGGAUAAGAUGGAUGAUGUUACCUCAGAGAUUAAGGCAAUGGUUGGGGACUUAGAUGAGAGACUUGAUAUGGUUGAAUGUUAUUUCUCGCUUGCGCGCAGAACGAAGCUUCGGAAGUUUGGCCGCGCGCGGAGGAGUUCCCGACGUCCAAAAGUUACGAUCUUGAUAUGGAAAGAUAGAUACUUGAGUCAUGCAUCACGUCGAAGUGGAAUGAAGCCAUUUGGAUCAACUAUGAGGCCUAGACUUAUUUUCUACCGAGACAUGUCCGGUAAGCGAGCAAACGAAGCCCAUGGAGGAUUUGGAGUGUCUAAUGGCCCGAGCAGCAGCGCCAAAGGCCUUGAUCGAAUAGAGAAGAGGCCUGGCUAA